CAACGGGUGAGCGAACUGCAAAUUUUAAGCCAAAGGAACCGCACAUAAGAACAAAAUGAAACUGAAACAUUCAUUAAAGAAGUUGGGCACAAUCCUCCGAGCUAUCUUCACCUUCCUCUUCGCUCUGGUGGUUCUGGGAGUCAUGGUUUGGGCCUAUGUGCAGGGCUUCCAGCUGGUGACAUCCAAGUUUAAGAUCAUUUCCUUUGGCUUUUAUGGACUCUUGCUCUCGCUCCACGUUCUGGUCCAAAGCCUGUUCGCCUUUAUCGAGCACUGCCGGAUGAAGAGCCACAAAAAGCCGUGCAGCUACACCAAAACGAUUGGAUUCACUAUUUCUGCUUACCAGGAGGAUCCAUCCUAUCUCAGAGAAUGUCUCAACUCUGUGAGGGGCUUGCAGUAUCCCUCGGAGCUGAUGCGUAUCAUCAUGGUGAUAGAUGGCAACUCUGACGAUGACCGGUACAUGAUGGACAUGUUCCGGGAGGUUUUUGCAGACCAGGAUCCGGGUUUCUUCGUGUGGAAGAACAAUUACCACUCAUGGGAUCCCACACAGGCUCAGCAGAAUGAAAAAAAUGGAACAGAAUGGGAUGCUGAUUAUGUCAUUGGAGAGGAUCCUCAGAGAAAAGAAGUGGAGCACCUGAUCCAGACCAAAAGGUGUGUGUGCAUCAUGCAGAAGUGGGGAGGCAAACGGGAGGUGAUGUACACAGCAUUUAAGGCACUGGGAUUAUCAGUUGACUACAUACAGGUGUGCGAUUCAGACACCAAGUUGGACCCGUUAGCCACAGUAGAGCUUUGCAAGGUAUUGGAGAGCAACCCCAAGUAUGGUGCUGUGGGAGGAGACGUGAUGAUCCUUAACCUUAAAGACUCGUACAUCAGCUUCAUGAGCAGCCUCAGGUACUGGAUGGCUUUCAACAUAGAGCGGGCCUGCCAGUCCUUUUUCAACUGUGUGUCCUGCAUCAGUGGUCCUCUGGGUUUGUACAGGAACGACCUCCUCCAGCAGUUUCUGGAAUCCUGGUACAAUCAGAAGUUUUUGGGAAGCCAUUGCACGUUUGGUGACGACAGACACCUCACCAACCGCAUGCUGAGCAUGGGUUACGCCACAAAGUACACGGCUCGCUCAAAGUGCUACACCGAAACACCCGCCCAGUUUCUGCGCUGGCUGAACCAGCAAACACGCUGGACCAAAUCCUACUUCCGAGAGUGGCUCUACAACGCCAUGUGGUGGCACAAGCAUCACCUCUGGAUGACCUACGAGUCCAUCGUCUCGGGCAUUUUCCCCUUCUUCGUCACGGCCACUAUGAUCCAGCUGUUCUGGAGGGGCUCACUGUGGGACAUCCUCUGGGUCCUCUGCUGCAUUCAGCUCAUUGGGUUGCUGAAAGCGGCAUACGCUUGCCUCCUUCGCCAAAGCAUGGUGAUGGUCUUCAUGUCGCUCUACUCCACCCUGUACAUGACCAGUUUGCUGCCUGCAAAGUACUUUGCCAUUCUCACAAUGAACAAAAGCAGCUGGGGGACAUCGGGCAGGCGUAAGAUUGUGGGUAACUACAUCCCCUUGCUUCCGCUGUCAGUUUGGGCUGCUAUUCUGCUGAGUGGGUUUGGAUACACAAUCUACAGGGAGACCAAAGAAAAUUGGUCAAGUCCAGCCAAGAUAAUGGAAACUAAGUUUCUUGUUUUUGGUUGUGUGGCUUACUUAUGUUACUGGUUGCUCAUGAUGUUCCUCUACUGGGCCUGGUUCCGCAGGUUAUGCAGAAAGCGCGCCCAAACCUACUCACUCAGUGUGUAAAGACAUUAAAUUAAUGUGUUAAUUUAUUAUUAUUACUGUAUUUAUUUUAUCUGUGCAAACUAAAUAAUGGAUUCAAUAUUGUUACUUUCAGUAAAAAGUCCAAUCAAGGGAAAUUGAUUGGGCUUUUCUACAAACACUGAUUACUACUGUCCAUGUAUGCAGUUGUGUAUAUUUUCAUGAUGAGUAGAUUGUCUCUUUUUCAUGUUUUUCUUGCACUGAAUGACUGUUUUGCAGAUUUACUUGAAAAUUGCACACUGUAUGUAGAGUACGCCACACUGUGAAACAUCAA